CAGCCCUGCCAGGCCGGGCUGGGUCCAUGGAGACCCCCGUGCAGGCCGGGAUCCUCUAUGUCCAGUACUUCAAAUUUGGAAAGAAGUUCUGGAGGAAGGUGCGGGCCCAGCUCUUUGCCACCAGCCCCUGUGGCAUUGCCCGGCUGGAAACGUGUGAUGCGCGGGACAACGGCUCUGGGACAGAGAAGACAUCCCUGCGGAAGUGUGAGCGCCGGGUCAUCCGGCUCGCAGACUGCGUCUCUGUGGGGCCGGCGGACGCCCACAGCUGCCCCAAGGACACGGCUGCCUUCUACCUGAACACUAUAGAGAAAAGCCACGUGCUGGCAGCCAAGCGGAGGGACGAGUGGAUAGCACAGCUCUGCCAGCUGGCCUUCCAGUGCACUAAGGAACCAGCAGCGCCUGGCAGCACCAGGAACCCCCCCGGGCCCGAUCUCCAUGUGGAGGAAAACACCCUCUACUCGUCCUGGCAGGACCUGAACGAGUUCCUGGUGCUGGUGCACAGGACGGAUGCCUCCGCCAGGUGCGGCCUGAGUGGACACUACCUGCUGGCUGCCUUGCCCAAGGGGCUUGUGCUGAAGACCCGCCAGUCCCGCCAGACUCUCCUCACCUGGCCCUACCCCUUCUUGCGCAAAUUCGGCCAUGACAAGGCCCUGUUCUCCUUCGAGGCAGGCCGCCGCUGUGACUCUGGCGAGGGCAUCUUCACCUGGGCCACCAGCCGGGCCGCUGAGCUGUGCAACCUCGUCUCCGCAGCCAUCGCCCGCCAGAGCAGCAGUCUCCUGGACAGGAACAGCACCCAAGCACCAGAGCCUCUUAGCUCCAGGCAGGGAACGGAGCCCAGGCUCUGGAGCUCCCAGAGCCUGGAGGAAGCGCUGCCCACCUGGGCCCUGGAGGGUGCAGGGAGGCCGCCCCUCCCUGCGGGGCUCUGUCCAGAGAGUGGACAGGCCCUGUCCUGCACCCUGGAGCCGGGGGGCUGUGCGGGGGCCGGAGGUGAGCCCCCCAUCAUCUAUGCCUCCAUCCACAAAGGCCUGCAGCCCCUGCUCGAGCCCUGGGGCGAGGCCAAGGUGGAGCAGGGAGGGGCCAGGGCGUCCUGUGGGCAGGGGCUCCCAAUUUCGGAGCAUCUCUACGAGAACCUCUGCGCCCUGGGGCGCUCCUGCUCUAUGGAGGAGGGGCCCUCACACCUGGGCUCCAGGGGCUCCCCGGAAGGGAGCAGCACUGACCUGGCCCCCAUCUACGACAACAGCUGCAUGGUGUCCAAGCGCUGGAGCAGCCCCCUGGCUUCCAGCAUGGGGCCUAGCACCUCCCUGGAGGCCCAAUACAGGCGGCUGCUGGACCAGGACGGGCAGGAGCGUGGCGAGGAGGAGGAGGGGGAGGAGGAUGCCCUCGUCAGCUCCCUCCCCAGGGCCAGAGCUAGCAGUGGUUUCAGGAAGUUAGUCACUCUCCUCAGCCGAGAGGUAGCCCCCAAGGUGCCUGGCGAAAGUUCCAGUGCCCUGGACAGGGCCUAGCCCCCCAUGCUGGGCAGCUCCAGGCCCAGACUGGCGGUGAGGGGGGCAUGCAGCUCCCCCUACACUGAGAGUCACCCUAGCACAGGGCCGUGUCAGCCAAGGGCAGCCCCCAGCUCUCCCCUGCCAUGCCUGAGCCCCAGCCCUAGGUGUAAAGGCUGGCCCAGGACUCCUGGGUUACUCAGGCAAGUGCCUGGGUGAGGCUGUCAUUCCAGCAGGAUGGUGGCUGUUCCAAAGUCUGGCACAGACUGACUCUGCCCUUGGCACGUGGGCCCCUCCACAGGGGCAGGGACAGAUUCUGUACAGGCCUGAACUUUCCUUACAAGGGGGGGUGGAGGUGAGAGGGACUGAGCCAGCGGGGCCUCAUGCACCCCAUGCUGAGGAUAUGCCAGGGCUGGGGUGCCUGGGGCUGUCGGAUGAACAGGCUGUGCCUGUGCCCGAUGGGUGAUAGGGAAGGGUAACCUCUGCCAGGAGGUCGGGUCACAUAGCAGCUGCCUGGCACAGACACCUCAGACAUGGGCAAAUGGCAGGGGAAGGUCUGAGUGGGCUUGGGAGCAAUGCUGGCUGCUGUGGGUCAGGGGAGGCAGCCUGGGCUCCCUGUUAUAAUCACUGUCCCUGCAGCAGGGCCUGGCACAGGAUGUUCUGAGCCCCCCCCCAGCAUAUGGUCUCUGGGCACAUCCCCCUCCUCAGUUCUGUGUGCAGGGCACAAGCUGGGCAGCGAAUGGAGUGUUCAGACUCUGCUCUGCUGCCCCCAGGCGAGCUGUGAGUGGGCAGGAAGUGCUGGCACUAAGGCUGCAGGGGAGAACAGCCACAUUGGGUCAGCCCGAUGGCCCGUCUGCUGCCAGCAGCCAGUGCCAGGUGCCCCAGAGGGAGUGAACAGAACAGGGCGAGUGCAAGUGAUCCGUCCCCUGGCAUCCAGCCCCGGUUGCUGGCCGUCACAGACUUAGAGAUAGCUGGAGCCUGGGCUUGCAUCCCUGCCCAUCCUGGCUAAUAGCCACUGAGGGACCUGUCCUCCAGGAACCUCUCUA